GCCAGCAGACAAUCAAAGAGCGCUGCGCGAGAAACACGCAUCUACUGUCGCCUCGGAUUCACGUUAACGGGAAUGCCUCUGAUUUAUUUUACACAUAAAUCCCAUCCCACAAUCUUAACAGUUUAUUUUUGUUUCGGUUUCCUGGCUGCUGUUUCUUUUUCACAGAGCACAGAUUAUCUGCGCGGCCGCUUUUUUUCGGGGCGUAAAAGAUGACCGGAGUCUUUGAGAACCUAAACGCAGAUAUGCACACGACGAACCAGAUGACCUCCAGCGGGUACCACACUGGCCUGCACAAGUCGCAGGAGUCCCCGACGCUCCCAGUGUCCACGGCCACGGACAGCAGCUACUACAACAGCCAGCUCGCCGGCCAAUGCGGGGGCUCCCCGUUCGGCCAGCUCCCGACCACCUACCCCUAUAACGUCCCCUACCCCGCAAAGACCGCGUACGACCUCGGCUUCAACUCGACCUACGGAGGGGCGUUCACCUCCUACGGCACCAGCCCCUCGCCAACUCCACCAGACACAGAUAAAGGAGAGGAGAGUGAGCCGGAGAUUCGGAUGGUGAACGGCAAACCAAAGAAGAUCAGGAAACCGCGGACCAUUUAUUCCAGUUUCCAGCUGGCGGCUCUGCAGCGGCGGUUCCAGAAGACGCAGUAUUUGGCGCUACCGGAGCGCGCAGAGCUGGCGGCGUCCAUGGGCCUCACGCAAACACAGGUAAAAAUAUGGUUUCAAAACCGCCGCUCCAAGUUCAAGAAGCUGUGGAAGAGUGGAGAAAUCCCCCCGGAGCAGAUCGCAGCCUCCGGCGAGUCCCCCUCCUGCAGCUCCCCGCUGACGGUGUGGGACUUCCCGCAGAACCAGAGAAUGAACAGUGUGGUCCACAACCCCAGUUUACCUCAGAGCUGCAGCCCCCCGCACCCCGCGGCGGCGCCCUCCUUCCUGGCCAACUACUCGUGGUACGCGACGAACUCUGCGGCGGCGCAUCUGCAGCCCUCCCUGGGCCCGCACCACCAUCACCACCACAACGCUGCCUCCGCCAGCGCCGGGACUAUUUUCUGAAGCCGUUGUGGACUCUCGAUCGGAUAAUACUGGUGAAGAAAAACACAAGAGGAAGGGACGGACACGACGAUCGCCAAUGCCCUUAUUCACGGACCUCCUCGGAUAACACACGACCACUACAUGCAAGAAUUUGAUUAAAGUUACGUCCCCGUCCCCGUCCCCGUCCCCCCACGGACGUCCGUUUGUGUGUGUGGGGUCGGUGGGAGGGUUAAACCGAUUUUGUAGCCUAGUUAUUUUUGUAUUUAUUUAUUUCUGUGUGUGUUGACGGAUGCGUGGGAAUCCACGGACACCCCAACGCACCGCAGCAUAGGCCUCGAGCCCAGGGCGGGCGUCACUUUGUCCUCAGCGCCCUGCACGUUAACCUGCAGGUAGGCCUAUACUGUCACAAACCGUAGCACUAUCCGAUGUAUCGUGCCUUGUUUAUAAUAUGACCUCAUUUUGUUGUGCGACCCCCGGAUCACGUGUUUUAGUUGAUGGGAGUGUGUCUCGUCUCUGUAAAUACCCCAAAGCAUUCCUCUGAUAUGCAGACUGUUUUUGUGGGUUGUUGGAUCGGAUCCCCCUCCACCAUCUCCUACUGCUACUGAAUGUUAUUCCCCAUACCGAGUUGACCUGUAGGCUAUAUGACGAUUAUUUGUAUUUUUGUCUUAUUUAUUUUAACCUUGUUUUUAUUUUUUCAUAUAUGAAAAAGACGUUAUUUAAAUAAAUGAAU